UUCUCAGCCGAGUGGCGUCCAGCAAUGCCGGCGUCCAGCCAUCGGUCCAGUGAGUGUGCCAAAAUCGCAUGGAGGCAUAAGACUGGCAGCGUGGGCGACUUGCUAGGUCAAAAGGCCCAAGCUCCCACGACCAAGAACUUCAAGCGCGACAACGUGCGGAUGAUCCGCUCCAUGAGUCGCGAGGUGCGGCGCUCUCGGGAGUCCGAAAAGGCCUCCGAGCCAGACUUCAAGCUGCAGAAGUUUGCGAAUGUGGCGAGCCGGCUGCAUGACACACCCAAGAGGCUGCAGGACCUGCAGGCCUCCAGGAUGUCCACCAUGUCUCAGGCCACCCCAACGAGAUUGAGAUCUUUGAGCAUGCCGGGCUUCAGUCCAGCGAAGACGUCGCCUCCUGGGCAGUCACCUUGGGCACGGGGGCCUUUGCGCAGUUGCAAUCAGCCCAUUCCAAGACCUCCGAAAGGAAAGAAAGAAGCUCCCCAGCGAACAGUGGAGAUGGCUGAGAUCGAAGAGCCGAAGCUGGCAGGUUCUUUGAGGGUGGAUCAAGAGAACCGGCCUGGUGCCAGGUUGAUUUUCUCUCCACCACCGCGUGAGGACUCGCGCAGCUUCGAAGUGGAAGAUGAGAAGAGGUCCGAAGAAGAGAUGCCAAGCCAAGUGCCAGGCUGGUGGCCUGACGAUGAGCGACUCAGCAGUCCCUUCGCGUUCUCAGACUUCGAGUGUCUUCCAGCCCGCCGUUGCCGGCCCAGCCCGCCUCGAGGGGAAAAGGCCACGCCCUUGGAACGGACCUGGCGAUAGGGGCAGUGGUGAUUGGGAGAAGGGGUGCAUGCUGAAACCCAC